ACGACCGCCCUAUUUUUUCCCAGAGAACUCCACCAUACGCACCGCUCACCACCUCAGCCACGCUCUCUCCCGCCGGCUGCUCUCAAAGUUAUUUCAGCUUCAGCUCUUCCAACAACUUCAUCCACGGACCGAGCGAUACAAAAAUUACCACGCCGGACACCGACUUCAACAAACUUCAAGCCACCCACUUCCAGUACAGCAUUUUUAUCACAAUGGCUCCCCCGCCGCCCGCCGACCUGCCUCUUGCGCAGAGGAUUCAAAAGCUGGCACAGACCCUGCAGUUCGCUUGGUUCGCUGGACAUGCCACCCUUCUUCUUUGCGUCACCCGCUACGCCUUCUCGUGGCUGCGCAUGAACUACUAUGGUCGUAUGGCCCAGUUCUGCUACCGCACCACCUUCCUCUCCGCUGCCCUCACAUAUGGUAUCGUGGUUUACAAGACAUGGCGCGCUCGUCAGAAGACCGGUGCUAAGCCGGCCAACGUUGUCAGCUACCUCACCGACGAGAACGUUCAGUACCUCCUGUUGGCCCUUGUCUGGCUCUUCAUGCCCCAGUACCCCAUCGCCAUGCUUCCCUUCGCCAUCUACUCGGUCUUCCAUGUCGCUACCUACACUCGUGCGAACUUGAUCCCGACUAUCAUGCCCCCUACUAAGGUGGCCCCUGCCGCCGGAGCUUCGCCCAGCGCCAAGCCCCAGUACACUCAGCACCCUAUGUCCGACGCGAUUGGCAGUUUCGUUAAGCAGUACUACGAUUCGUCCAUGUCGGUCGUUGCCAACAUUGAGCUCGUCCUCUGGAUCCGUAUCCUCCUCUCUGCCAUCAUCUUCCAGCGCCGCUCCUGGAUCCUGCUCGUCAUCUACACCGUCUUCCUUCGCACCCGCUUUGCUCAGAGCAGCCACGUCCAGAACUCGUUCAGCACCUUUGAGGCCCGCAUCGACAACCUCAUUGGCGCUCAGGGCACCCCUCCGGCUGCUCGUCAGGCUUGGGAGACCGUCAAGGGCCUUGCCCGUCAGUUCCACCAGGCUACUGAUGUCAACAAGUACAUCAGCGGUGCCGCUGCCCCCAAGAAGACCUCUUAAGUUCUCGGCUACCGCCGAAGCUUGAGAUGUUUGGGCAUUGAUGACAAGAUUGCUUCGCGCAUGCGCAUGCUAGCGCGACCUAGGCAAGACAACAGCCCAGAUUAAUAGCCUGCGGUGCUUCCUUUAGUUCGAAAAUCUUUGGCCCAGAAGCGAAGGAUCG